AUGCAGCAGACCCAGGAGCCAGCGACACCCAGGCGUGCCAGGGCCUACCGGGCCUACCGUGGCCGCCAUGCUGGGUUUCGGCCUGCGCUUAUGUUGCAGAACCACCAGCAGCUUGCGGCAGCACCACCACCACCACCAGCCCCAGGACCAGGACCAGGACCAGGACCAGGACCAGCACAGGAGCAGCACCAGAACCAGACGCAGUCGGACGCGGGCCAGCCUGCGCAGGCCGUCGUCUUCCACGGCGCACUUGAUGAAUUUCAUAAUCCCGAUCCCGAUCUGGGUGCCCUGGGUCCUUUCGCCUACCCGUCCUUUCCAUUUCUAUUUUCCGUGACACAAGAAGAAGAAGAGAUGCAGCAGUGGCAGGUCGGCCCCAUGCCGGGCAACUACGCCCAGGCGUACCAACAGCCCAACUCCACCAACCACCCAGAUGGUUUCAAGUGA